GAUGGUUAAUCUCAGAAAAUUGUCUAAGCACAACUACCGCUCUGUCGGAAACGGAAAUAUCUCUUUGCAGAUUAAGAACAUGUCGGAUGUUGAUGUUAACUUUAUCCCUCUGGUUUAUGAAAUUCUGAAGAGCGUUGAUAAGGAUUCCGGAGAUGUUACAAAUAGGGUCACAGAUUUGAAAAAUAAAAUUCAGCGAGCCAAGGAACAAGUUGAGAAACUUCCCGGUAUUGAUCAGUGCCCAGAAGAGCAGGCAAAACAGCUGGAAGUUAUAAGAAAACAACUAGAUUUGAAAGUUGAGCUCUUGAAAAAGCUGAGAAAUUUCUCGAUAACACCUCUGAGUAAUGAUCAACUUCGGUUUGGUGGGUACGAUCAUCAAUCUUAUCAACAAUGA